AUUUAAGGCAACUAAUCUCAUGUGUAAGUCGUUACUACAUCGCCGAUGCCGAUUACACUAAUGGGCCGUGAAUAUUAGCAUCUUACAGGGGUCAACGAUACCACAUUAAUAUUUGGAGGCAAGGACACAUGCCCCAAAGCUGGGAGGAGUUCUUCAACAUGAAGCACUCCAGAGCACGAAAUGUCGUAGAGAGAUGCUUUGGAGUGCUUAAGAUGAGAUGGGGGAUUUUAAGAUCUUACUCUUUCUAUCCCAUUAGGACUCAAUGUCGCAUCGUCACUGCCUGUUGCCUUCUCCACAAUCUCAUUAAGCGUACAAUGGCGGUGGAUCCCGUUGAAGCUCAAUACAUGGUGUGGGAGCAGGCCAACCUACAUAAUGUACCACCUGAUGAGUACAUUAGAACUCUCGAAAGUACAAACCAAUGGACUCAAAUGAGGGAUAACUUGGCAACCCAAAUGUACAACGAUUGGUUAGCUCAUCAUGGGGGUGGCCAAUAGGAUAUGUGUAACUGUGUUAUGUAAUAAUUGUAAUCAUAUUUACUUGUAGAAUUCUUAAACCAUUGGAACAAGAAUUGUGUUUACUAUUUCAAUGUCAUAUUUAGGUAUUUCAUGAGUACAUUACAUAUGUCAUGUUGUCAUCGUUAUUAAAAUAAGGGUACCGAACAUAAUGGAAAGUGAAGGAACUGCGCAAUCUCAAACAUCAAGUGCUAAUGAAAAACAAGCUCGUAGGCUGUGGAGCCAUAAGGAAGAGGAGUGCCUACUUGGUGCCAUGAUGGAGUGUAUCUCUGAUAAGUAUAGAGCCCAUAAUGGUUUCAAACCUGGCUUUUUCAAUGAGGUUGAGAAGGAGUUGAAAAAAAAAUUGCCCGGAACGACGCUUAAAGCGGUACCCAACAUCAAGUCAAAGGUGAAAAAUUGGAAGAAGAUGUAUAGUUUAAUUCUCGACAUCACACGUAUUAGUGGGUUCGGUUGGAACUAUGCCACUAAUUCAAUUCAAGUGGAUUCGGAAGAUGUGUGGAAAGAUUAUGAGAAGUCUCAUCCGAAGGCGAAAGGGAUGAAUGGGAAGGCUUUUCCCUUGUACGAGAGUUGGCAAAUACUAUUUGGGAGGGAUAGGGCCAUUGGUGAAGUUGCCAAGGAUGCGGCGGAACUUGAUGAUGUUCCGGCCGACCCCGUUGAAACCAUUAACCCCGUUGACUUGUUCAAUGAUUGCUAUACUCCGUCCUUUGCAAAUGGUGACCCGGCUUUUGUUGACAUAACAACUUCUUCCGAGACUCCAACAAGCUAUGCCAUUCCCGCCACUCCAAGAAGUAAUGCGAACACUCCGGUGACCAAUGUUGGGUUGGAAAGGCCAAAGAAGAAGGCAAAUGUGAACGUAAAAGAGGCGUCCAUUCAUGACGCAAUAGGGAAUUAUAUGGCUUAAAGCAGUACGGCGUUUCUUAAGAUCGCCGAUUCCAUUGGUUUUGAGGACCGACUCGCUGCCAAAAAAGAGAAGGUGUUUGGUGAGCUUGAGAAGCUCGACCUUGAGUUGCUUGAUAUGUUUGCUGCACACGCUAUUAUUGUAUCGGCGGAAGAAAAUGUGGACGCGUUUUACGGCCUACCCGAGAACUAUAGGCAAGCUCGGGUGGAGGCUGUAUUAGCAGGCAAAAUCAAAUUGAAGACCACU